CCUGACCGCCGGCCCCGACGCGUCCCCGGCGGCCGGCGGCCGUGCCGCUGCCAUGGGGCUGCCGACCCUGGAGUUCAGCGACUCCUACUUGGACAGCCCGGAUUUCAGGGAGCGCCUGCAGUGUCACGAGAUUGAGCUGGAGCGAACCAACAAGUUCAUCAAGGAGCUCAUUAAGGACGGCUCCCUACUCAUCGGGGCUCUGAGGAAUCUGUCUAUGGCAGUACAGAAAUUUUCCCAGUCACUGCAGGAUUUCCAGUUUGAAUGUAUUGGUGAUGCUGAAACAGAUGAUGAAAUUAGCAUCGCUCAGUCACUAAAAGAAUUCGCAAGACUACUUAUCGCAGUAGAAGAAGAAAGGAGAAGACUGAUUCAAAAUGCUAAUGAUGUAUUAAUUGCACCACUUGAGAAAUUUCGCAAAGAACAAAUAGGUGCAGCAAAAGAUGGAAAGAAGAAAUUUGACAAAGAGAGUGAAAAAUACUAUUCCAUUCUUGACAAACAUUUAAAUUUGUCUGCAAAGAAAAAGGAAUCUCAUUUGCAAGAGGCAGAUACACAGAUUGACCGAGAACAUCAGAACUUCUAUGAGGCAUCACUAGAAUAUGUCUUUAAAAUUCAAGAGGUUCAGGAAAAAAAGAAGUUUGAAUUUGUCGAACCGCUUUUAUCAUUCCUUCAGGGUUUAUUUACUUUCUACCACGAGGGAUAUGAACUCGCCCAGGAAUUUGCACCAUAUAAACAACAGCUGCAGUUCAACUUGCAGAAUACGAGGAAUAAUUUUGAAAGUACUCGACAAGAGGUAGAGCGAUUGAUGCAGAGGAUGAAAUCUGCCAAUCAAGAUUACCGGCCACCCAGCCAGUGGACAAUGGAAGGCUACUUGUAUGUCCAGGAGAAACGACCUCUUGGUUUUACAUGGAUUAAACAUUAUUGUACAUAUGAUAAAGGAAGUAAAACUUUUACAAUGAGUGUUUCAGAAAUGAAAUCCAGUGGGAAAAUGAAUGGCCUUGUUACUAGCUCACCAGAAAUGUUUAAAUUAAAAUCUUGUAUCCGACGAAAGACGGAUUCAAUUGAUAAACGAUUCUGCUUUGACAUAGAAGUGGUCGAAAGGCAUGGGAUCAUCACAUUGCAAGCCUUUUCGGAAGCUAAUAGAAAACUCUGGCUUGAAGCCAUGGAUGGGAAGGAACCGAUUUAUACCCUGCCUGCGAUUAUCAGCAAGAAAGAAGAAAUGUACUUAAAUGAAGCAGGGUUCAACUUUGUGAGAAAAUGCAUCCAAGCUGUGGAAACGAGAGGCAUCACCAUUUUAGGUCUCUACCGAAUAGGAGGAGUGAAUUCCAAAGUGCAGAAACUCAUGAAUACCACAUUUUCUCCCAAGUCCCCUCCUGACAUGGACAUUGAUAUUGAACUGUGGGAUAAUAAGACAAUAACAAGUGGACUGAAAAACUACCUCAGGUGCCUUGCAGAGCCACUGAUGACUUACAGAUUACACAAAGAUUUUAUUGUUGCUGUUAAAUCUGAUGACCAAAACUACCGGGUGGAGGCUGUACAUGCAUUGGUACACAAGUUACCAGAGAGAAACAGAGAGAUGCUGGACAUCUUAAUAAAGCACCUGGUCAAAGUGUCCCUACACAGUCAACAAAAUCUGAUGACAGUCUCAAACCUUGGUGUCAUAUUUGGUCCAACUCUAAUGAGAGCACAGGAAGAAACUGUGGCUGCCAUGAUGAAUAUUAAGUUUCAGAAUAUUGUGGUUGAAAUUCUGAUAGAGCACUAUGAAAAGAUUUUUCACACUGCCCCAGACCCCAGCAUCCCUCUUCCUCAGCCUCAGUCUCGAUCCGGAUCCCGGAGGACACGUGCAAUCUGCCUCUCCUCAGGCUCCCGGAAGCCCAGAGGGAGGUAUACUCCGUGUUUGGCAGAACCUGACAGCGACUCCUAUAGCAGCAGCCCCGACAGCACGCCCAUGGGGAGCGUCGAGUCCCUCUCCUCCCACUCGUCCGAGCAGAACAGCGCCACGAAGCCUGCCUCCUGCCCGCCCAGGGAGAGGUCUGCCGGGAUCCCGUGGAUUGCGGCCCCAUCACCCAGCAACGGACAGAAGAGCCUUGGUCUCUGGACCACGAGUCCCGAGUCAAGUUCUCGAGAAGACGCAACCAAAACGGACGCGGAAUCAGACUGCCAGAGUGUCACCUCCGUCACCAGUCCCGGGGACGUGUCCCCACCCAUCGACCUGGCCAAGAAGGGGCCCUAUGGGCUCUCGGGACUGAAAAGAGCCUCGGCUUCCUCCCUCAGAUCCGUCUCUGCGGCUGAAGGAAACAAGAGCUACAGCGGAUCCAUUCAAAGUUUAACUUCCAUAGGUUCCAAAGAGACACCCAAAGCCACGCCAAACCCAGAUCUGCCUCCAAAAAUGUGUAGGAGGUUAAGGCUGGACACCGCCUCCAGUAACGGCUACCAGCGCCCCGGCUCCGUUGUGGCAGCAAAGGCCCAACUAUUUGAAAACGUUGGUUCAGUUAAGUCAGUUUCUUCUGGACGCCAAGCCAAAGCCAUGUACUCCUGUAAAGCAGAGCACAGCCAUGAGCUUUCCUUCCCACAGGGGGCGCUAUUCUCUAACGUGUACCCAUCAGUGGAACCAGGAUGGUUGAAGGCAACUUAUGAAGGCAAAACAGGACUCGUCCCAGAAAAUUACGUUGUCUUCCUCUAAUGCUAUUUAGUGGACGGCAGUAUCUUCAUGGUAUCCAUGGUAACAAGUAAUAAGUGCUAUGAUUUUAUCUGACACAGAUAUAAGGAUCAGCCCAUUAAAAUGAAAAAUAAUCCAUUUCUAGUGAGUUUUCCACUGCAGAAUAUGUAGCUGCAUUAACAGAAAGGGAAAAAAAUGUUUAAGUUGUUUGCCAUUCUUUUUUUAUCUUGGGCUGAUUUCUUAUUUUGAAAUAGCUUAUCCCCAUCCCCUGCUUUUUUUUUUUUUUUUUUUUAAUAAGUAACUCUCCACAAUGUCUCUUUAAUAACAUUUAUAAAAAUCUCAAAUACUGUGUUAAGUACUACAUCCCAGAAAUUUGGAAACCAGAAAUCUGCUAUAAGACUUUUAAGACCUGCCCAUUACUGUCUGGUAUUCUCUGAGAAACCUUGAAAUCAUUGCUAAAAAAAUGUAAUUUAAUCUGUUCAUUUAUUAUUUUUUCUUAAAAAUAUACUGCUUUUAUAUAUGAUUGUUUUGCUGGUCCUAAACAUUUCAAGAAAUAAGGGUUUUUUUUGACAUAAGUUUAUUUUUAUUUGUUUACCAAGUAAAUGAUAAUGUUCAAAAGCAGUAAUGUAUAUGGUGUCUGUAAAUGAAACCAAGUUAAGUCAUACACUGAUUCUGCUGUAAACACUCUGUCCAGCAUUCCAGAUGCCAUCUAUGUGCUUAGAGCAGGGAUCAGCAAAGAACUUCUGCAGAAGCUUAAUAGGAAAUACUUUGGGCUUGGCAGGACCUAUUGUCUCCAUCACCCUGUUCAGACUGCCGUUGUAGUGGAGAGCAGUCACAGACAACAUGUGAAUGGGUGUGCCUGUGUAUCAAUACAGCUUUCUUUCGUGACGCUGAAAUCUGAAAUUGUGAAUCUGUCAUGCCAUAAGAUAUUAAGCUUCUUUGACUUUAAAAAAAAUCCAUUUAAAAAUAGAAAUUUAUAGCUGAUGUGCCAUACAAAAGCAGGUGGCAAGCCAGAUUUGACUUAUGGGUCAUGGUUUGCUGAUCCCUGGUUUGGAGGAUGUGUAAAACUGUCUGUAUUACUUUGAGAUUUUAUGAAAUUUUACUCCAUUAACAUAAAUACUGAUAAGUGAUAUGCACAUACCCUCUGCUAGAAUCAGUACAGUGGUAUCACAAAUGUGUAAUUACAAUGAUAGGAAAAUGAUGGAAAAGUACAGUAUACAAGCAUACAGCUUAAAUUCUACUUGUUAUUCUGUAAUGUGUCCAAGGAUUUUAUUGAUACCCUUUUGGCUCCAAAUGAUAAAGAUGAUGUAUUAAGACAGUGGUUGGAACACUAUGCCUUCUAAAGUCUAUGAUUAGUUGAGGCAUAAUCUUAACAUAAAGGUACAGGAUUCUUAAAUUAUUUUGAAAUUAUUUCAUCAUCUUUAGCAGGAAUAAAGUCAUAUAUAAUUUUCCAUUAUGCCUUUCGAUUUACAGCCUUUAAUAGAAAUUUCACUGUGUUUAUAGAGCAUAGAAAUAGGUAUUUACUAUACAUUUAUAUAUACCAUAAUUAUCUGGUCAUAUGUUGACCACUUCUUCUAUUAUUUCUAUUUAAUAACCCUCAUACUAUUUCUAACAUAUCUGCAUGUGGCAAAGAGCCUUUCUUCUCAAGAUUCCCAAAAGCUGGUUCUCUGCCACGGAUUGCCACAGCACUGGCCCGCUUGGCCACAGUAUUGUACAUGCUACUUCAAAGGUCUUCACUGUAUAGACACUCAGGUAUUGACUGUAGACAGUUCUUUUUACAUGAUACUGCUUUGUAAUCUCCAUCUCUUCUACUUUAAGUUAAUGUUUCUAGAGUUAAUAGGUUAAAUUAUAUACAUACACAACUAUGCCUUGGAGCAUUUAUGCUUUUAAAAUUAAAAAUGGAAUAAUGGAUUAGGAUUUAGAGGUAAAGAGAAUAACAGUAGGCAGAAUUACAACCGGAAAUAAAUAUCAGCAUGGAAAUAAAGGAAUGGAAAAUAUUUAAUGUUGUAAAAAUCAGUAAUAUAAUGAAAAAAUCGGA